AUGGCAAGGAUUAUUAUCGGCUGGACUGUUAUUUUUCACCUUUUUCUGCGCUUGUUGGAUAUAGCUUCAGCACAGGUCGCAUAUUCGAUUUCAGAGGAGGUGAAUACGGGGACCUUUGUUGGAAACAUCGCAAAGGAUCUUAACUUAAAUAUUCAAGAACUGGAGUCACGCGGAUUUCAUAUCCCCUCAGUUUCGGGAAGAAAAUAUUUUGAGGUUAAUUUGAAAACCGGUGUUCUGUUCGUCAGCGAAAGGAUAGACCGGGAACAAUUGUGUUCUGCCUCACUACAAUGUUCGGUGAAUUUGGAAGCCAUUGUAAACAAUCCAUUGAACUUGUUUCGCAUUGAAGUAAAAAUUGUAGACAUUAAUGAUAAUGCUCCGUCGUUUCGUGUUAAGUCUAAGCAUUUUAAUGUUUCAGAAUUAGCCGCCGUUGGCGACAGAUUUCAGUUGCCGAGAGCGUCGGAUCCUGAUGUCGGAACGAACUCAAUAAAAAGCUACAAGCUGAGCCCAAAUGAACACUUCUCUCUGGAUGUACAAAGCGGAGGAGAACAGAUUGUAUCAGCUGAGUUAGUGCUGCAGAAAGCUUUAGACAGAGAAAAACAGCAUGUGAUCCAGCUCACACUGACCGCUAUUGACGGAGGAAAACCUCCUAAAUCCGGGACAAUGCAGAUAGUCAUAAAUGUACAAGAUGUGAAUGAUAACGCACCCGUGUUUGGCAAAGCUCUUUACAAAGUGCGUCUGAUCGAGAAUGCACCAAAAGGAACAUUAGUCAUCAAUCUGAAUGCGACCGAUAUAGAUGAAGGCAUGAAUAGUGAAAUUGCUUACUCGUUAGUUCAUCAGGACAGUGACGAUACAACAAACAACGUUUUUAAGAUCGAUUCUGCGAAGGGUGAAAUUUCAGUCCAAGGCAGUGUCGAUUUUGAGCAACACAAUGCCUAUGAGAUUCAUGCGCAGGCGAAAGACAAAGGCGCGAGCCCUCGUUCUGCGCACUGUAAAAUCCUAGUCGAGAUUUUAGACACGAACGACAAUGAGCCAGAAAUAUCAUUAACGUCACAGGUGACCACUGUGAGAGAGGAUGCUAAACAAGAAACAACGGUUGCUUUAAUAACUAUAUUCGACAAAGACUCGGGGAAGAAUGGAAAUGCACACGGGAAAGUGGUAGGCGAUGUUCCUUUUAAAUUACAGUCAUCUUAUAAGAAUUAUUAUUCUCUUGUUGUGGAUGGGCCAUUGGAUAGAGAACGUGUUGAUCGAUAUAAUGUUACGAUCAUGGCCUCAGAUGAAGGGACUCCGCCUCUUUCUGCCACUCGUGUUUUUACAGUAUUUGUGUCAGAUGUUAAUGACAAUGCACCGCGUUUCCCAAGCCCUGUUAUAAAUGUAUUUGUGAAAGAAAAUGGUCCCAAGGGACAAAUUAUUUAUAGUCUUUCGGCUAAUGAUCAUGAUUUAGAUGAAAAUUCCAAAAUUACAUAUGGAUUACUGGAACCACUUCACAAAUCUGCAACUUCAUAUUCAGCUGUUAGUAUAAACUCUGACAAUGGAGAUAUACACAGUUUACAGUCUUUUAACUAUGAGGAGAUAAAAACGUUUCAGUUUAAAGUUCAGGCCACAGACUCUGGUGUUCCUCCUCUGAGCAGUAACGUGACUGUAAAUGUGUUUAUCCUGGAUGAGAAUGACAACAGUCCCGCGAUUCUCGCGCCCUAUUCCGAGCACGGUUCCGUGAACACCGAGAACAUUCCCUAUUCUGCUGAGGCGGGCUACAUUGUGGCCAAGAUCAGGGCUGUAGAUGCAGACUCUGGUUACAAUGCACUGCUGUCUUACCACAUCUCUGAACCCAAAGGGAACAAUCUGUUCCGAAUCGGAACCAGCAGCGGGGAGAUCAGGACUAAGAGGAGAAUGAGUGACAAUGACCUGAAAACUCACCCGUUGGUCAUUUCGGUUUGUGAUAACGGAGAGCCCUCACUGUCAGCGACUGUGUCUAUUGAUGUUGUGGUUGUUGAAAGCACAGGUGACGUCAAGACUCAAUUCAGACAUGUGCCGAUGAAGGAGGAGAGUUUCUCGGAUUUAAAUCUGUAUUUGCUGAUCGCCAUUGUGUGUGUGUCCGUCAUCUUUUUACUGAGUCUCAUCAGUUUGCUAGCUGUCAAAUGUCACAGGACAGACGGCAGUUUGGGCAGGUACAGCGCCCCAAUGAUCACCACACACCCUGACGGGAGCUGGUCUUACUCCAAAUCUGCUCAGCAGUAUGACGUGUGUUUUAGCUCGGACACACUGAAGAGUGACGUAGUGGUUUUCCCUGCGUCAUUUCCGCCUGCAGAUGCAGAACUGAUCAGUAUUAAUGGAGGAGACACUUUCACCAGAACACAAACACUUCCUAGUAAAGAGAAGGUAAGCUAG